UGGCCCCGCCUCCGACUGAAAAGGGAGGAGUUACAGCCUGAGGAAGAGUGGGCCAGGCAGGGGUUUCUCCCUUUCCAAUCGUCCACCAUGUCGGAGCGGGAGGAGCGCCGCUUUGCGGAGAUUCCCCGGGAGUCGGUGCGGCUGAUGGCGGAGAGUGCCGGCGUUGAGCUCAGCGACGAAGUGGCCGCCCUCCUGGCCGAGGACGUCUGCUACCGCCUACGCGAGGCCACACAGAACAGCUCCCAGUUCAUGAAGCACACCAAGCGGCGCAAGCUGACGGUGGAGGACUUCAACCGGGCUCUGCGCUGGAGCAACGUGGAGGCCGUCUGCGGCUACGGCUCCCAGGACCCACUCCCCUUCCGGACCCUCAAGGAAGGGGAGCUCUACUUCCAGGAGGACCGCGAGAUCAACUUGGUGGAGCUGGCCCUGGCCACCAACAUCCCCAAGGGGUGUGCCGAGACGGCCGUGAGAGUUCAUGUCUCCUACCUCGAUGGAAAAGGUAACCUGGAGCCACAAGGGUCUGUUCCGAGCGCUGUUUCCGCCUUGACGGAUGACCUGUUGAAAUAUUACCAGCACGUCACCCGGGCCGUCCUGGGAGAUGACCCACAGCUGAUGAAGGUCGCCCUUCAGGACUUGCAGACCAACCCGAAAAUCGCGGCCCUCCUGCCUUACUUUGUGUACGUCGUGAGCGGGGUGAAGUCUGUGAGCCAUGACCUGGAGCAGCUGAGCCGCCUUCUGCACGUGGCCCGGAGCCUGAUCCAGAACCCCUACCUGUACCUGGGCUCCUACGUCAAGAGCCUCAUCGCCAGUGUCAUGUACUGCGUCCUGGAGCCCCUGGCCGCCUCCAUCAACCCCCUCAACGACCACUGGACCCUCAGGGACUACGCCGCCAUGCUCCUCGGACACAUCUUCCGGACCCACGGCGACCUGGUGGGCGGCCUCUUCCCGCAGAUCCUGCUCUCGCUGCAGAAGGUUCUGUCCGACCCGGUCCGGCCGCUCUGCUCUCAUUACGGGGCCGUGGUGGGUCUCCACGCCUUGGGGUGGAAGGCUGUGGAACGGGUCCUCUAUCCGCAUUUGUCCACCUACUGGUCGAACCUCCAGGCCGUGCUGGACGACUACUCCGUCUCCAAUGCUCAGGUCAAGGCUGACGGACACAAGGUCUACGGGGCCAUUCUGGUGGCGGUGGAGCGCCUGCUCAAGAUGAAGGCCCAGUCGCUUCCGGCCGCGGCCCAGGCGGAGACGGGUGUCCGUGCCCAGGAAGGCUGCCCGUGGCUCAGCCCCCUCCAGGACCCCCAGGUCGAGCUUGGCUUCGGCAUCGCCAGCCACCUCCUCCAAUCCGGUGCCGGCACCAUCCCGGCCAACCCGCCAGACGUCCCGUUGGAUGAGAUCUACAAGGAGCUGUACUGCUUCUUCGGGGACAGCUUGGCCACCCGCUUCGGGACGGGCUCCGGGCCGUGCCCUCCGGACCGGCCAACCGGCGGUGGUCCAAAGCCGUUGGAUACUAAGAAAGAACUCCCAGCCUUUGACAUGACGGCCGCGCGGAAGAUGCCCCAGCUGACUGCCAACAUCAGCCCCCGCGAGGAGGAGGAGGUGGUCUCGAGCGGGCGGUCAACGCUGCACCGGCCAGCCAGCUUGGCCCGCGUCCGGAGUGGCAGCAGUGGCGGCGUGAGUGCGGCGCGCCACCCGGGGGUGCGGGAGGUCUUCCAGAAGUGCCGCUUCAGCCCCAGCGCCGCCCCGCCGCGUUUCAGCUUCGUCAUCGCCGGGCGGCAAGUGGAGCGCCGGUGCCAAGGCCGGCUCUUCCAGACCCGCUUCGUCCAGCACCACGGGCCCAGCCCCGUCUCCCGCUACGCACAGAAGCUGCCCAUGAUUGGCCGCACCGCCAAGACCGCCGUCAAGAAGGGGGUCCACUCUGAAUACUCCCUCUACCUGCCCCUCUGAUGUCUGCGGACCGCUCCAAAAAUCACUCAACCCCUUCGAAGUCUGGUGCACAGUGCCCGGAUAUCUUUGGCCAACUGUCAUGGGGAUCACCGAGAAUUUUCUCGAGUCCCUGUUUAGGCGCCAAAAUGUAGAGUCCCAUUGACCCAAUAUCUCUAAUCUCUUUAUUUCCCAGUUGGAAACAGGAAGUCUUAAAGGGAAACACAAAGAAUUUUCUCGAGUCCCUGUUUAGGCGCCAAAAGUGUAGAGUCCAGUGACCCAAUAUCUCUAGUCUCUUUAUUUCCCAGUUGAAAACAAGAGAUUUUAAAGGGAAACACAUAGAAUUUUCUCGAGUCCCUGUUUAGGCGCCAAAAUAUAGAGCCCCAGUGAUUCAAUAUCUCUAGUCUCUUUAUUUCCCAGUUGGAAACAAGAGGUUUUAAUGGGAAACACGGAGAAUUUUCUCGAGUCCCUGUUUAGGCACCAAAAGUGUCGACACCCAGUGACUCAAUAUCUCUAGUCUCUUUAUUUCCCAGUUGAAAACAAGAGGUCUUAAAGGGAAACACAGAUAAUUUUUUCGUGUCCCUGUUUAGGCACCAAAAGUGUUGAGGCCCAGGUACCCAGUUUCUCUAGUCUCUUUAUUUCCCAGUCGGAAACAAGAGGUUUUAAUGGGAAACAUGGAGAAUUUUCUCGAGUCCCUGUUUAGGCGCCAAAAGUGUCGAGACCCAGUGACCCAAUAUCUCUAGUCUCUUUAUUUCCCAGUUAGAAACAAGAGGUUUUAAUGGGAAACACAGAGAAUUUUCUCGAGUCCCUGUUUAGGCGCCAAAAUGUAGAGUCCCAUUGACCCAAUAUCUCUAGUCUCUUUAUUUCCCAGUUGGAAACAAGAGGUUUUAAUGGGAAACACAGAGAAUUUUCUCGAGUCCCUGUUUAGGCGCCAAAAUGUAGAGUCCCAUUGACCCAAUAUCUCUAGUCUCUUUAUUUCCCAGUUGGAAACAAGAGGUUUUAAUGGGAAACACAGAGAAUUUUCUCGAGUCCCUGUUUAGGCGCCAAAAGUGUCGAGACCCAGUGACCCAAUAUCUCUAGUCUCUUUAUUUCCCAGUUAGAAACAAGAAGUUUUAAUGGGAAACACAGAGAAUUUUCUCGAGUCCCUGUUUAGGCGCCAAAAUGUAGAGUCCCAUUGACCCAAUAUCUCUAGUCUCUUUAUUUCCCAGUUGGAAACAAGAGGUUUUAAUGGGAAACACAGAGAAUUUUCUCGAGUCCCUGUUUAGGCGCCAAAAGUGUUGAGGCCCAGGUACCCAGUUUCUCUAGUCUCUUUAUUUCCCAGUCGGAAACAAGAGGUUUUAAUGGGAAACAUGGAGAAUUUUCUCGAGUCCCUGUUUAGGCGCCAAAAGUGUCGAGACCCAGUGACCCAAUAUCUCUAGUCUCUUUAUUUCCCAGUUAGAAACAAGAGGUUUUAAUGGGAAACACAGAGAAUUUUCUCGAGUCCCUGUUUAGGCGCCAAAAUGUAGAGUCCCAUUGACCCAAUAUCUCUAGUCUCUUUAUUUCCCAGUUGGAAACAAGAGGUUUUAAUGGGAAACACAGAGAAUUUUCUCGAGUCCCUGUUUAGGCGCCAAAAUGUAGAGUCCCAUUGACCCAAUAUCUCUAGUCUCUUUAUUUCCCAGUUGGAAACAAGAGGUUUUAAUGGGAAACACAGAGAAUUUUCUCGAGUCCCUGUUUAGGCGCCAAAAGUGUCGAGACCCAGUGACCCAAUAUCUCUAGUCUCUUUAUUUCCCAGUUAGAAACAAGAAGUUUUAAUGGGAAACACAGAGAAUUUUCUCGAGUCCCUGUUUAGGCGCCAAAAUGUAGAGUCCCAUUGACCCAAUAUCUCUAGUCUCUUUAUUUCCCAGUUAGAAACAAGAGGUUUUAAUGGGAAACACAGAGAAUUUUCUCGAGUCCCUGUUUAGGCGCCAAAAGUGUCGAGACCCAGUGACCCAAUAUCUCUAGUCUCUUUAUUUCCCAGUUAGAAACAAGAGGUUUUAAUGGGAAACACAGAGAAUUUUCUCGAGUCCCUGUUUAGGCGCCAAAAUGUAGAGUCCCAUUGACCCAAUAUCUCUAGUCUCUUUAUUUCCCAGUUGGAAACAAGAGGUUUUAAUGGGAAACACAGAGAAUUUUCUCGAGUCCCUGUUUAGGCGCCAAAAGUGUCGAGACCCAGUGACCCAAUAUCUCUAGUCUCUUUAUUUCCCAGUUAGAAACAAGAAGUUUUAAUGGGAAACACACAGAAUUUUCUCGAGUCCCUGUUUAGGCGCCAAAAGUGUCGAGACCCAGUGACCCAAUAUCUCUAGUCUCUUUAUUUCCCAGUUAGAAACAAGAGGUUUUAAUGGGAAACACAGAGAAUUUUCUCGAGUCCCUGUUUAGGCGCCAAAAUGUAGAGUCCCAUUGACCCAAUAUCUCUAGUCUCUUUAUUUCCCAGUUGGAAACAAGAGGUUUUAAUGGGAAACACAGAGAAUUUUCUCGAGUCCCUGUUUAGGCGCCAAAAGUGUCGAGACCCAGUGACCCAAUAUCUCUAGUCUCUUUAUUUCCCAGUUAGAAACAAGAAGUUUUAAUGGGAAACACACAGAAUUUUCUCGAGUCCCUGUUUAGGCGCCAAAAGUGUCGAGACCCAGUGACCCAAUAUCUCUAGUCUCUUUAUUUCCCAGUUAGAAACAAGAAGUUUUAAUGGGAAACACACAGAAUUUUCUCGAGUCCCUGUUUAGGCGCCAAAAGUGUCGAGACCCAGUGACCCAAUAUCUCUAGUCUCUUUAUUUCCCAGUUAGAAACAAGAAGUUUUAAUGGGAAACACAGAGAAUUUUCUCGAGUCCCUGUUUAGGCGCCAAAAGUGUCGAGACCCAGUGACCCAAUAUCUCUAGUCUCUUUAUUUCCCAGUUAGAAACAAGAAGUUUUAAUGGGAAACACACAGAAUUUUCUCGAGUCCCUGUUUAGGCGCCAAAAGUGUCGAGACCCAGUGACCCAAUAUCUCUAGUCUCUUUAUUUCCCAGUUAGAAACAAGAGGUUUUAAUGGGAAACACAGAGAAUUUUCUCGAGUCCCUGUUUAGGCGCCAAAAUGUAGAGUCCCAUUGACCCAAUAUCUCUAGUCUCUUUAUUUCCCAGUUGGAAACAAGAGGUUUUAAUGGGAAACACAGAGAAUUUUCUCGAGUCCCUGUUUAGGCGCCAAAAGUGUCGAGACCCAGUGACCCAAUAUCUCUAGUCUCUUUAUUUCCCAGUUAGAAACAAGAGGUUUUAAUGGGAAACACAGAGAAUUUUCUCGAGUCCCUGUUUAGGCGCCAAAAGUGUCGAGACCCAGUGACCCAAUAUCUCUAGUCUCUUUAUUUCCCAGUUAGAAACAAGAAGUUUUAAUGGGAAACACACAGAAUUUUCUCGAGUCCCUGUUUAGGCGCCAAAAGUGUCGAGACCCAGUGACCCAAUAUCUCUAGUCUCUUUAUUUCCCAGUUAGAAACAAGAAGUUUUAAUGGGAAACACACAGAAUUUUCUCGAGUCCCUGUUUAGGCGCCAAAAGUGGAGGCCCAGAGCCCCAAUAUCUCUACUCCGGGGGUGUCCAAACUUUUUGCAAAGAAAUCCAGAUUUGGUAAGAUGAAAAUAUAUCGGAGCCGACCCAUUCAGCCUGACAUUCUUUGAACCAUUGGAAUUAAAUGCAAAUGAACUGUUUUAUGAAAUUUUGCAAAUGGCAGAAUUUUCAUUUUUUCACACAAAACACAAAUAAAUAGACACCAGCUUUUGCAAAAAAAAAAUCGCUCUGUCUUUCCUAUUUGAAGACCACAUAAAAAUGAGGAAAAAGCCUGGAAGAUUAAACAUACCGAAGUUCAUGUGAAACUUUACGUAUUAUUCACUAUUAAAUGCUUACCUUAACUUCUAAA